CAACACCUCCCACCCCGUACAUCCCAUCCGCUACCGCUACCUCAGCCGCAUCCUUUCCCCCUCGUCCCCCUCCAUACACUCCUCCGUACCCACUCUAUCCUCACAAAGAAUGUCCUCUAUCAUCAACACCCUCUUCGGCACUCGCAAGACGCCCGCCGAGAAGCUCCGUCAGCAUCAGCGCGCCCUACAGAAGGCACAGAGGGAGCUGGAUCGCGAGAGGACCAAGCUGGAGCAGCAGGAGAAGAAGCUAGUGGCAGAGAUUAGACAGAAUGCAAAGCAGGGACAGAUGUCCGCCUGCAAGAUCCAAGCAAAGGAUCUCGUAAGGACAAGAAAGCACAUACAGAAAUUCUACCAGAUGAAAACACAGCUGCAGGCCGUCUCGCUCAGGAUACAGACGCUGAGGAGUAAUCAGCAGAUGGGAGAGGCAAUGAAGGGUGCUACAAAGGCAAUGGGCAUGAUGAAUCGCUCAAUGAAUCUCCCACAGGUACAACGGAUCAUGCGUGAAUUUGAGAGAGAGAGCGAGGUGAUGGACAUGAAGGAGGAGAUGAUGAGCGAUGCCGUCGAUCAGGCAAUGGACGACGAGGCAGACGGGAUCGGUGAGGAAGAAGAAGGAGAUGCGAUCCUCAAGGAGGUCUUGGAUAGUAUUGGUGUUGAUCUGAGUCAGAGCCUCGGCGAGGCACCCACAGCAUCACUCAAUGACCCUAUAGCAGCUCCGCAGCGAGUCGCCAUCGGCGAGGAGAUGGGCGCCGGUGUCGGUGGUGCUGGUGGGGGUGGAACGAGCGAUGAAGAUGCUUUGCAGGCUAGAUUGGACAUGCUGAGGAGGGAUUGA